GCCGACCAGCCACCCAUCGCCGCCCUCUCUCCCACCGGUUGCUUCCGCAGCCGCCGCCGCUCCACCUUUACCCCCGACGUUGCCUCGUCUUCUGUGUCGAGCUCGAGCCCCGUUCCGGGCUGGGAUUGGGAACCCCGAGUCCCCAACCCUAGCGAGGCGCGAGGGAGCGAACAUCCGGAUCGACGAUGCCGAGCUUCCCUCCGCCCGGCGCCGUCACCGUCUGCGAGAUCAACCGCGACCUCGUUGUGGCGGAGGCACUGUCCGACGACCGCGCCAAGGACGCAUACGGCGAUGCCCUCGUCAGUUUGCACCAGAUAAAAGAUUUUGCUUCUAUUUUUUUCUUUUAUCAUCGAGGCGAAUUUGCUUGUCUUAAAUUUGGGGUUGGCAUUUGGCAUUUGCAGGGAAUGGUCUUCAGCCCUAUCCCUUUCCAGCCAGACACUCUUCCCCCAAUCCGCGAGCCCCCUGCUGCAGAGCAACCCGAGUCCACUGAGAACGAGCCCACAGCUAGUGUGACUUCCACCAUAUCCGAAUUCUUCAAACGGAUGAUCUUCCCUCCAUUAAAUCCAAAUCUGCUACAAGAAUUUGACAUCCAGAAAAUAAGUUGGAAUCCGCACAAGCACUGUCUAGCAUUUGUGUCUGGGAAGAACCAGGUUAUUGUACAUGACUUUGAGGAUUCAGAUGCUAAAGAGCCGUUCAUUUUGACAAGUGACCAGCAAAUCAAUGUUAAAGCUGUUGAGUGGAGACCAAAUAGUGGCAAGAUGAUUGCAGUCGCCUGCAAGGGAGGAAUAUGCCUCUGGUCAGCAUCAUAUCCUGGCGAUGUUCCAUUCAUGAAAGCUGGGGUCACCCCUUAUUCCUUUAGUGCCUUCCCUAGAGGUUCUGGUGGUCGGUGGAUACUGGUGGAUGUUCUUCGUGACUCUUCUGCUGAGCAAGUUACCGUGCUUUGUUGGAAGCCUGAUGGAAGAUACUUGGCAUCUGCCUCCUGUAAUAGUCCAUCUUUCAUGAUUUGGGAUCUGUCUCAAGGGUUGGGUACUCCUAUACGGCGUGGAUUAAGUAAUAUAUCACUACUGCGGUGGUCAACUAGUGGAGAUUAUCUUCUAGCUGCUAAAUUUGAUGGAACUUUUCACUUUUGGGAGACAAACACAUGGACUUCAGAACCUUGGUCUUCAUCAAACGGAUAUGUGUCUGGAGCGAAUUGGGACCCAGAAGGUCGUGUUGCAUUGGUAUCCUUUUCUAACUCUACUACACUUGGCUCAAUUCACUUCUCAUCUAAGCCACCAUCUUUAGAUGCUCAUCUCCUACCAGUUGAGCUUCCAGAAAUUUCCUCCCUGAUUGUCAGCCGAGGCAUAGAAAAAUUAGCAUGGGAUGCUUCAGGGGAGCGUUUGGCAUUGUCGUUCAAAGAUGGAAAUGAAAUGUAUCGUGGUCUUGUUGCUGUAUAUGACGUGAGGAGAUCUCCACUUGUCUCAGUAUCACUAGUUGGAUUCAUUAGAGGACCUGGAGAAGGAGCGAAACCACUUGCUUUUGCUUUCCAUAAUAAAUUUAAGCAAGGACCCUUGCUUUCUGUGUGCUGGAGCAGUGGCUGGUGCUGUACAUAUCCACUGAUACUUCGUUCCCACUGACUCCACAAUCGUGGCAUUUCAUCGGUUCAGGACUGAAUGUUUCAACUACUGCUGUCGACCUGGAAUAACGAAUAUAUCACAUACAGGUCGGAAGACAAUUUUUGAUGUACUGUUGAUGUCCUGUAUAGAUGCAUUGCAAAGCCUUGCUUUUGUUAAGCAGGUGCAAUUUCUAUGCGCCUAGGUGAAAUGCAAAGCAUGAUUGCACCCCAUAUAUGUAACAUUGUAGCUUGAAAAAGGGUGUAUUUAUUAGCGGUUUCGUCUCCAGAUGUAUUUGAGCUGUAUCUACAUUUGCGUUAUGUUGAUUUUAUUAGUUACAUUUUCGUGUUGCACUUGUAUCCGUCUGCGCUCCAACAGCAACAAGCAGGGGUGAAUGAAGUGUAACAGAGUUAA